ACGAUGGUACCCAUCAAGUAAUUGAAUAGGAUGGUGGAAGAAGAGAAACACUUCAACCCCAUCACUCUCGACAGCCACUACCAUCAUAACCAUUUUUACCAUUCUCUACAGCACAAGCACAACGAUGUCUAUCAGCAGCACGAACAGGACCGCAGUAUCACAAGUGUCUUCUCUCAAAGUCUCUUCACCGUCUCCCCGAGCGCCUCUCCACGUCAGUCCGUGGUUGCUGCUGAAACCCCCGUUUGGAGAUUUUUGCCCAGCCUCUCGAGAAAAACGCUGGCCUUGUUCCUGAUAUCUAUCAUCCUGAUUUCAACUUGCUGCGACGCUCGAUCUGUCUUGGACCACCAUGGUCAACACAAAAAUAACCGACUUGAAAGGUCACUUCCGUCUAAGACAUCUUCGAGCACGACUUCUCAUUCCACGAACGUUUCCGACUUCACUUUAGUUAGCUCUUCAGGGAAUAGUUCUUCCAACUCAGCUUCCACUUCCAGCAGCGACAUUCCCGUUGUUUCACACCCUCCCCCUACAGAUUCUUCCGAGAAAUCCCAACUCAUCUCUAACCUAAUCACCACCCUGGAACAGCUGCGCGUGCUGGAUGGCUCAAAGCACUCCUGCUAUCGCGUUUCCAAAAUCGUUCGCAGGAACUCGGAACGCUCGAGCCCGCCAUCCGGGAACUUGGUCGGAUUUUUCGACGUUGAUAUCAUCAUCGAAAAAGUGGCUCUCUCCGAGGGAAACGUCUCCAAAGAAAGUAGUCCGCAGAACAGGAGCGCAAGGACACAAUCUGUGUGCUUGAUAGACCCUAUGAUCGAGUUACUCAGCGAUACAACGAGGUCAGGCCCUGGUGGAGUUUCUAACAGUGGAGGAGGUAGCAGUGGUAUAGGAAGUCUGAAUCAGAAUGUAGCUGGUGCUACAGGAGACAAGGCUGCCUCCGUAGAUCCCAGGAACACGUAUAAUGACGAUGAUGACACACGCAACGGUCUAAGUCGAACCCAGAUCGUGGUCAUAUCGACCUGCUCAGCCAUUAUUGGAAUGUUCUUCCUUGUCGCAGCCUUUCUCAGAGUCAGAAACUACAUUAAAAGAGCAAGAAUGGAGCAGGCCUUAGCUAAUAGGCCAAAGUUUAGAUCCUGCAGCGUGGCCCUGCGUAACCCCACGCAGUCCAUGGAACAGCUACGGCGGGACUCAUCGGCCAGUAAAACUAGCCACCAGAACAGUAUCACAACCAAGGGAAGUAAUGGAAGUCAAACCAAUGGUUCAUCCAGGGAUAACUCGUCUGCCAGUUCUCCACGGCACGAGCCCGAUACGGCGCCUCUGCUCAUCAUCACGCGCCCCGCUGACCUGUCCACCUCCGCCGGGUCCAACUCCUCCCUGCAGUAUAUAGACGAAGUUAGCCAGGCCGCAAAGAAAAAAGUUGCUCCCCCUGUCUCCAUAGUGAAAAAUGGCGGCACGGAAGGAUGCUACGUAGUGUCAUUACGUCAGACCCAGCUGGGUCACGUGCCCAUCUCCCUUAUUGAGCGCUCCGACUCUCUGAAAGGUCGCAACCACAUAGGCAUAGAAAGGGGCAGCUCCCUGAAGAGUCGCCCCAACCCUAGGUCGAACAUGGAGAGGCGGACCUCCCUGAAGAUCAUUAUGUCCGCCCCACCUGACAACGGCAAGGAUGUUGUCAAGCCGGUGAAGCUAAACGGGCAGAUCUUGCGAGGCAAGGAGGGCGCCAACUACCCCAAGGUUAGCGACGAGGCCCAGAUCUACCAACUCGUGGGCAAUCCGGACAUUCUGAAGGCCGAAAGGUGUAAAGCUUUUUUUAUUCACCCAAGGAGAAACGGGAGCUGGGAGAGAUCCUUGGGGCGAGCGAAGGGCUAUCAAGUUGUCAGCACCGAGGAAGAUGCCAAAGUGUAUGACAGGCAAAUCUCGGCAGACUCUUCUGACUCCACAUCUACGAGCAUUAAGCCAGACACAGUCAGCGCAGAGGUAACAGAAAUAGCACUCACAAAUGGUAUAUCCUCAGAAAUCCAUGGCAAAAGAGCACCAGAAAAUAGUGAAUCUAAAGCCCCAAUAAACAGACAGUGUGAGCCUCAAGGCCUGAUAAGUGGCCCAAGUAUGGCCCAAGACCUCACCAGUGGGCCAGUAAGUGGCCACAGAAGAGAGAACAUCGACCUAGAUUUAGUAAGCCCUUUGACUGAAAGCUCUUAUUUCGGACUAUCUCAGUCGGACGUGAGUCUUUCUUCCGCCACCAACCAAGGAAACGAGUUUUUCGGUCAGUCUGAGUAUCACCCUGACGAUGAAUUGGUAGUCAAACCUUCCAGGGGCGUCUCCGUGGAUUCCUCGUGUGAGGAGAAACUUAAACCAUCUGCCCCUGAGGACAACCAGGGUCUCCACGGUGGUGAAUUCAUCAACAUGGCUUUCACCCCAACAACCCCGCAAGACCCGAGCACAAAUACUGGCUACCCAGAUUUUCCAACUACCGUAAACGAAUCCUCCAGUUCGCCAGAUUGUGCAGCUGAUGCUGAAUCGAGGCAAAGCGUUCCCGAUAAAAGCGCAUCCCUGAACGAGGACACUCCGACGCAAAACGACGCAGACCUUAAGACACAUCACCCCUCUCCCUCCUCUUCCAUAAGACAGAUGAAGUCUCUAGUCAAAAGUCAAAUGCCAGAGGACCAGGUUCUCCUUGACAAAUUAUGAGAAUAUUGGUUUCCCUGGCAACCAUUAGAGGCAUUCCACACAAAAUUUAUUUAUAGAUAUUUACAUAACGUUAACAAAAAAUUUAUAUAUAAAUACUUUACAGAAAACGCUAUCUACUAUAUAUUGUUAAUCAGGUUAUGAAGCCAACACAUCUGCCUCUACAACUGACGUAUAUUUAAUGAAAGGAAACAAACUAUUGGACAGCUUUGAAAACAGUUACUUUAUAUAUGAAAACAUCAACAGAUAAGAGACUAAGUUUCACUAUAAUGAUUUACUAUCUAAAGCUGUCGGAGCACACAAGAGACACAAUAGAUCUACAGUGGAAUCUUAUACUCUGAGUAUUUAGUGACAUUAUUAUUUUGUUUGCUUUGAUAUUUAUUAUGAAUCAUUGUUGUCGAGACAUCAUUUACUAUUGUAUGUUCUCAUCCUAUGUUGCCCUAAAUCGUCGUCACCACUAUCAUGAUGCCAUCCACGCUGUUGGGUGAGGCUGGUUCUCGGAUUUACACUAAAGCCGUUCAAUUUGUAGUUUAGUUUCACAGAGGGUAUUCGUUUAUUAGAUCGAUAAAGCUUAUUGGUGAAACAUACACCAGAAACCUAGAGAGUUUGCUUACAAUACUUUUAAUAAUAGCACAAUAAAUCAAAAUAACAGUAACAUUUCUUUAAAAAGUAAAGUUUCCUUUCCAGACAUUGCGAUCUAUAGGGCAGAUGAUAUUAAGAUCAGAUGUUUCUUUGGCCAACGGUUAACGAGCAGGGUGUCAUGUGGCCAGCACAUACAUGAAAUGUAAUACAGAAUAAGAGCUAUGUCGUACCAACAGUUAAAUUACAUAGGUAUAUGUUUAUAUAAGGAGGAGAUUAGUACACUUUAUAGCUGAAGGGAUUAUUCCAAAAAAACGAAUAGUUAUCUUUUCUAUUCUGGAUUGAUAAAACUUAGCAAAUCGGACAGGUUUUCAACUUAAAGUUGUUUGCCUUCUAAAUGGACAGAAUCGGACAAGACAUGUUCCGAAAGCUGAAAAGUGGGGCUACAGAUAUUGCCGAUCAUAUUUUUCAAAGAUGGCUCCUGAUAAUAAAUUAUUUAUUUUUUUUAAACUGAACUUUUAAAGUUUUAUAAUGAAUAAUUCGACGGUUAAAACUCAGGCACCACAACAAGGUACCCUGCUUACUGGCUAAAACGAGGCUAGUUUAAACAUGACAAAGAUUGUAUUAAAUGUCUUUUUACAAAUUGAGUAUUGACAAGCCAAAAUAAGACUUUAGGCUGAAGUUUUGGUCCUAUCUAAAACAUGGCUUUGGUACAAAUAUAUUUAAUUUGCAAAGAUAAUCCUGGAAAUAUGGUGUUUGAAGCGAAAUUAUUAUUUAGUUGACAAAGUAAAUUAGGUUUGGUGUUCUAAAAUUGCAUAUUUUCUAAAGAAAAAUAUUCAGCUGAUUUAUAGUACAAAAGCAAACCAUACAUAUUAUCCUUGACAUUUGUAUAAAUCUUCACCAACCUGUAUGUAUGUAUAUAUGUAUGUUUGAAUACGUAUGUAUGUAUGUAUGUUUGAAUAUGUAUGUAUGUAUGACAAUGUAUGUAUGUUUGAAUAUGUAUGUACGCGAUCUCUUGAUUGUUCAAUACAGAUUAUGUCUUCCAUAAUUUAAUGACGUCAUAUGCUAGUCGCAACAAGUAAGUUUUUUUGUAUUACCACUGGUCUACAGUGACCGUCUGCCACACCUCGACCUCACGUACACGGUGACGUCGGGGUACACACUGACGUCACAUCCACAUUCACGUCAGACAGUGACUGACUCCCCCCCCCCCUUACACGCUGAGUCUACAAGUAAAUAUUGACGUCACGUAGUCAUUUCUUAAUUCACGUUCUUCAAAUACAAACUCUUUUAACUUAGAAAAUAUUAUAAUAUUAUUGUAAUUUAUUGUACAUAUACAUAUUAGGCACACCUCUUUUGAGUUUUUAAAAGUUUUUUUCUUAAACAAUCACGAAUAGCAUUUUUUAUUGUCCACAACAUUUCCCUGUUUUAUGUAUAUUACUCGAAUGUUAUUGUAUAGAAAGAGUUUCUGUUGAUAAAUCCUUUAGUUGGCAGUGUUCUUCAUCACUGUCAUUCUAUCAGUAUUUUUGUGUUUUCUUUUGUUAUUGUAGAUUUCAGUUAUAAGCAACAUUUUUGUUGAAUUUUUUUUCAUUUAUAUUACAUUAAAAAGAGCAAUAUCUUAUGUCUGCAUAAUCCGCACUUGACAUUAAAUGUAAACUAAAAGGUUUUAGAGAGUUCUGUGUUCCCAGACCAUUAGGACCGACGAAGAAAAAACAUAAGGAUGUAUCGGCUGAAAGAAAAAUUAAAACAAAAAGAUGUAGGAUUAACUGAAACAUAACCUUGAAUUUAAAAAGUAAAAUAGAUGUUUAUGCCUAUCACGUUACUUUGAAAGGUCACUGCAAUUUAAAUGGACGGCGGCUUGGUGAUGUGGUAUGGGCUCUGGGAUGUCGCCUUGAUGUCCCUGGGUUCAAACCCCGCACGCCACCUUACUUUCUAUAUGACUCCUUUUGUCUCGAAAGGCAAUGGAUGCGAACAUGAGUCACUGAUUUUGGUUUAAUCUUGAGACGGGGCAGAAUCUGGUGUGGCUAAUCAAGCCAAUUCUAGAGCGGCAGACUUUGCCACAAUUCGUGCAUGUGUAUGCAUCUGAUUCAGGGCUAGCGGACAGGGCAGCUUUUUUGUCCCUCUUGAUUAAGGCCGCUUCAAUUCUUUUGUUCUUAGCGAUGGUUGUCCCAGCACGCACAGUCUGUCUCCAUGCACUCCGGUCUUUGGCUAUGUUUUCCCACAUACUUUCGUUGAUGCCUGUGGCUCUCAUGUCUCCCUUGCAAACAUCUUUAGUUUUUAAAUAAUUCGCGUCAUUUAAUUUUUUCGCUGUUUAUUUUUAUUUUUCUAUUUCGGUUGGGACCACCAAAUUCACUUUACCUAGGGCCUCCAAUUAUCUAGGGCCGGCCCUAGUGCGACGCUCUAUCAACUGGCAUAGUUUGGGGAAUUUCCGAACUUUAAACUUUAUUACCUUCCACCAACGAAAAGAGUAUAAGCUGAUUCCUAUUAAAAAGUAAGAACGAAAACAAUGAAAUAAAUCUGUUAAGUUGCACAGCCUGUCAACACUACUUUACUUCUCGCAUCAAAAACAUUAAAAAAAAGCUUGUUAUCUAGAGUUAUACACCAAAGGUAGAGGCAAAUUUCUUAUGCCGUACGCUAGGACAAGUUCGUACAAGUUCUCCUUCUUCCCUAGUGCCAUUAGAGAAUGGAAUGGGUUGCCUGAAUCAGCCAGGAAAACCAACGACUUAGCAGAGUUUAAGUCAUUGAUUAACAUGCAUGACUAGAUAGACACAUGAAUUGCGUAAAAAGUAAUUAUCUUUCUUUUAUUUUGAGUAACGUCUGUAAUACAUAAGAUUAGACAAGAUUCACAUCUUCAAUUGGGGAGGAGAGAUUUUUAAACCAAAUGUUUGGGCAUUAAAAACGCUGAAAGGACAUUAUCUUUUACUUGUAUGGAAUAAUUCAAACUGAAUAAUUACACAGGCAAAUAUUUUAAUAAGUUAUUAUGCUCCUAUAAAUUUUUUAAGAGAUAAUUAUAUCAAUCUGCAAUAAGCAGGAUAUACAUUACUAUGUAGUAAAAGCAAUAGCUAGUUGAUGUUUUUUUUUAAACACAAAUAUACUUUCUUCUGAGUACUUAUCAAUACUCACAUGUUUUUUUGUUUUGUUCAUAGUUAUAUUUCUACUUUUUAAACGGCUGCAUCUCAUUGUUGUUUUUAAUAAAUCUUGUUCCAUAUCUUUUUUUCAUUGAAUUCGUUUUUGUAGAUAGAAAUGCCGCAUCUAGUUUUUUUUUUAACUAUUUAUAGAACAUUCAUAAGGGAGAUAAUGUUGCACAGUAUUGAUAGUAUUUAAUGGGUAUUGGGUACUUGGAGAAGUAUUACACGAUAAUGGCAAUAUAUUUUCAAGUUGUUUAGUAACAUACUUAUUACAAAAUAAACAUUUUGAAUGUUGUGUGAAUUAUAUGUGCUGUAUGAUAGUCUUUUCUACAGUUUUCAGUAUGUUGUAUGAUAACGCUUCCCAUACCUUAUUUUUAACGAACACUUUGUACAAUUGAAGAAACUAGAGGAACGACUACAAAUGGCCAAAACCAAGGGCUAUAUGUUUAAUAAUGCAGUAAUAUUUAAAACCAAUUGUAAAUUGAUAUGUAUAUAAACAUGUCCAAAAGCGAUAAGUAAUAUAGUCAUCAUAUUUCUUUAAUAAUCAAGUAAUAUUUAAAACCAAUUGUAAAUUGAUAUGUAUAUAAACAUGUCCGAUAACGAUAGGUCUCGAUUCAUGUCAGUGCAAAACUUUGACGCAGUGGGGAGUUAACGUCGAUUUGAAAACAACCGCGUCUUUUUGAUGUUAAAAAAUAGCAUUUGCACACUUAGCUUUGGUGACAUUUGCCAAAGAAUUGACGCGAGAAGAUUCCAUACAUUGUGUUUGUUUUAAACCAAAAUCUUCAACACACUGUCUGCAAACAAUGUUCACAGUUCAAGAGUUACUUUCGCGUGCGUUCUGUUUCAUGGAUUACACUAAUGUUGGGUGGACACAUUCUUUCAGUUUCUUCCCAAUGAUUAACCAGUUGUGUUUUUUUAAAUUAUUUUUGUUUUUGUUUGACUGUAAUAAAUUUUUUUUAUCUACACUCCAAUGACAUUAAUGUUUUAUUUUUUCUUUGUCAAGCUAAUUUAAGUGU